AUGGCUGAAAGUAUUGUCACGUUUUUUCUAGAGAAGUUAACUGACCUGCUUUCCCAGGAAGCAUUUCUACUCAGCAGAGUAGAAGAGCAGGUGAAGCUGUUGAGUAACGAGCUCGAAUGGAUGCGUCUUUUUCUCAAAGACGCGGAUGCGAAGCGCAGAUAUGAUCCAAGAAUCAAGCUCUGGGUGAGUCAGAUCAGGGACGUAACCUAUGACGCCGAAGAUGUCAUCGACAGGUUCAUGUUCGAGAUGAAUCACCAACAGCAAGGAAGUCUCAAAUGCCUCAAGUUCCUUAAGUUACGAUUUGUUCACAAGCUCGAGUCUCGAAUCAGAGAGAUCAAUACCAAGAUUGAGAAGAUCAUGGCUAACAAAUCAAGGUACGGUGUCGAAACCUUACCAGCUGCAAGCUCGUCCAACGAAGGUGUGCCACAUAAAGAGAAGAGGGCUCCGAUUGUUGAAGUCAACGUGGUGGGAAUUCAAGAGGAUGCAAAAAGCGUUAAGCAAAAUCUGCUUAAUGGAGAGAUGCGGAGAGCUGUGGUGUCCAUCGUGGGCAUGGGUGGCUUGGGAAAGACUACCCUGGCUAAGAAAGUCUAUAAUGAUAAUGAUGUCCAGCAAUGCUUUGAUUGUCAUGCUUGGAUUUAUGUCUCUCAAGAGUAUACAAUCAGGGAGCUUUUGCUAGGCGUUGCUGUUUGUGUUAGGGUUCUCUCCGAAGAGGAAAGGAGUAGAAUGAACGAGAGCGAGUUGGGGAAUAGGCUUCGUGAUUACCUGACUACCAAGAAGUACUUGAUAGUGAAUGGCAGCAGGGUGUUGAUCACCUCACGCAAUAAAGAGAUUGGUUUUUAUGCUGAUCCACAAGCCAUUCCCCAUGAACUUUCUUUUCUGACUGAAGAAGAGAGCUGGGAGCUCUUUCUCAAGAAAAUUUUUCUGGCUGGGAGUGCAAAUGCUGUUUGCCCCAGAGAAUUGGAAGAGUUGGGAAAGAAAAUUGUAGCAAAUUGUGGGGGUUUGCCCCUUGCAAUUGUGGUCUUGGGAGGCCUUCUAUCAAGAAAAGAAAAGACACCGCUCUCCUGGCAAAAAGUACUGGACAGCCUGACUUGGCACCUAAAUCAAGGUCCAGACUCAUGUUUGGGGGUCCUUGCUUUAAGCUACAAUGAUAUGCCGUAUUACUUGAAGUCCUGUUUCCUUUACUGUGGUCUUUUCCCAGAAGACUCAGAAAUCAGGACAGAUAAGUUGAUCCGCUCGUGGGUUGCAGAAGGGUUUAUACAAAGAAGAGGAGAAGAAAUAGCGGAAGACGUCGCGGAAGAUCACUUACAGGAAUUGGUACAUAGAAGCUUGAUUCAAGUGGCUGACAGGAGUUUCGAUGGAAGAGUGAUGUCCUGUCACAUGCACGAUCUGCUCCGAGACCUUGCCAUUUCUGAGGCCAAAGAUACAAAUUUUUUUGAGGGAUAUGAAAGCAUUGAUUCUACAUCCCCUGUGAGUGUUCGUCGACUAACCAUUCAUCAAGGUAAGAAGACUAAUUCUAAACACUUGCAUACUUCACGUAGUCUCCGAUCUUUCAUUUGUUUUUCUGUAUGCUUCCAAGAAAACAUUUUGAGAUCUUUACACAGGCGUGUCAAAUUGCUCACUGUACUGGACCUAGAACGCAUGCCUAUCAAUACCAUCCCAGAAGGCAUAGGAGAACUUAUCCACCUUAAGUACCUGUGCUUAAGGGAAACCCGCAUAAAAAGGCUUCCAUCGUCCAUAGGUCGUCUUUCAAAUCUACAAACCCUAGACUUUCGAAACACUUUAAUUGAAAUAAUUCCUUCUACCAUUUGGAAAUUGCACCAUUUGAGACAUCUAUACGGUCGUGGUGUGGUUUCAAGCCAGUCAGUGAUAGAUAAGUGCAGGAAUGGUCCUUUGAGUGUUGGCCACCUAACAAACCUCCAAUCGUUAGGUUUAAGAGCAGGCAGUUGGUGCUGUGGUGAAGGCUUGGGAAAAUUAAUUGAGCUUAGAGAACUGACAAUUCUAUGGACCGAAAUCGCACAAACAAAGAACCAGGGAUUUUCCGAGUCAGUAAAAAAGCUAACUGCUCUUCAAUCCUUGCGUUUGUAUGCUAUACAAGAGGAAAUAACCAUGCCGCACCUCAUGCCUUUCUCAGACCACACCUACCUUUACCAUCUAAGCUUAAGUGGAAGGCUCGAAAGGUUCCCUGAUGAAAUUGAAUUCUACCCUCCAAACCUCAUCUCCUUGGAAUUGCAAUGUUGGAAUAUAGAGCAAGACCCAAUGGUGACCCUAGAGAAGCUGCCAAACUUGAGAUUUCUCACAUUAUCCCUUGGUUUCUCUAUGGUAAAGAAGAUGGUCUGUGCUUCUGGAGGAUUCCAGCAACACGAAACCCUUAAGCUCUCGAAUUUGAAAGAAUUAAAAGAAUUGAUUGUGGAGGAAGGGGCAAUGCCUUAUCUGAAGGAUUUAGUAAUUGAACAUUGCCCUAAAAUGAAAAGGGUUUCCCAUGGAUUGCUGCAACGAAAAACUUUGCAGCACCUAAAGUUGUAUUAUUUGUCUCCUGAGUUAAGGGAUGAGCUUUCUCGGAUAGAAGGAGAAGAUCGGGAGAAGAUCUGCCUCGCCACCUCAAUACGCGGGUGGAGGCGUACGGCAUCAUGA